UGUCAAUUUCAUAACAUCGCGACACUUCAACUAUUUAUGAAUCCAACGACAAGCCAUAAAUGAUUAUGAAAUUGCAACUCCCAAAAAAUAUAGAAAAUGGAUCUAACAAAUAGAUUAACUUUUUCCAUUACUUGCAUAGAGCUUCAAGGGGCCAUUGAGAGUCUUUUGUAUACUGCCUGGCAAUGUGGAUGAUAGAGCCAUAGAAGGUUGCUCUUCAAAUUAGACUCCUCACUAGCAAUGCGAGCGAGUCGCUGACAGUGACAGAGAGGAGCCAUAAAACCAACAUUCUAGUUUUGCACUUCAGUUUUGUAGCCUCCAUCAAAUGGACUGUUGUGUUCAGAUUUCCCAUACUCGUAGAGAAGGGAAUGCAUCUUUUGGUUCGCAGGGACUUUAUCUAUACACUUCUAGAUGGCGUCAGUGGAUCAGAACUUCAGCCAGAUAUAGCUGGUGAGUCGCGAUUCGGAAUGGGGAAUCGUCAUGCAACGGCGAGAAGAGAAGGAUGCAGACUGCACCGACUUGUGCUCGACUAUCUAGAUGCUGCAGAAGCAGCUGUUGUAGUCAUUGAUUCUGCAGUGCCUGUGGCGAGGCUGCCCAUGAUGGGAGUUCAAGAAGUCCGCCAGCCUUCCAUUACCAGAAUUCACCUCUUGGAAAUGCUAUUCUCAUAGAAGCUGCUCGCAUAGGAUAACUGCAUGAUCUGGACCUCUGCGUUCAGGUUGGAGUCUUCACAAAAUGUAACUUUAGUUGAUAUAGUUCGCCAGAUGAAGACCUUUAUUGGCUUGCCGAAGAACAGUUGUUAGUGUCGAGAAAUCGAGUUAAAAUGGGACCGAAAGAGUCUCGGAGAUACAACAACGUGCACUGUAACUCAAUAUAGGCAAAAACUGCUG